CCUGGCUGAAGUAGCCUCAGGACAGGACAGCAGCACGGACAGAGGGGCACUGACAAGGAGGUCCCCGCCUGUCAAAAUGCCCAUCCUGAAGAGUCUAGGGGUGGCAGACUCUAAGAUGUCCCGGGCGGGGACACUGCCCCUGAGGUCCUCUCGGAACCCCUUUGAGGAAGCUUCAGGGCUGGAAGAAGAGGAGGCUGGGGAACGGGAGACCCUGCCCAACGGAACAUCAUGUCGCCGCCGUGCCACCCUGGAGAAGCUGGCAGGCCUGGCCCCCUUCCGGCUGGGCAGAACCCCUGGCCGGCGGGCGGGCAGCCCUGGGGACAGGCAGCCUCGCUCUUUCCUGGGCCGUGUGCUGACACCUGGGAUCUGCAGGAGCUCAGCAGAUUUUGGCCUCCUGGCCAGGCUCCAGGGGGCCCGAGCCCACGGCGACGAGGAGGCGGCUGGGGAGGCUGCGCGGAGACUGGCCUUCCUGAGACUGGGGCGCGGGCCCAAGCCCCGGCGCGCGUCACUGGCUGAGAGGGUGGUGCCCGCAGGCGAGGCGGCUCCCGAGCCCCCGCCCAAGGUCCCGGAGCCCCCAAAGAUGAAGGAGCCGUUGUCAGUGCUGGAGAUCCUGAGCUUGAUCCAGCAGCGCGAGCUCGCGCGGGCCGACGAGCACAUCUUGGAGCUGGAGGCCGAAGAGCUGGCGUCGUCGGGGGGCGGCUCGCCCGGCCCGCCCAAGGUCGAGGGCGCGGGCGGGGGCCGCCGGGCCCGGGACGUGGCUCUGCUGUACGAGGCUCUGCAGCGCGAGAUGUGGGCGCUGGUGCGCGAGACGCUGGCGGGCCCCGGGCCGGGCGCUGGCGCCGGGCCGGGCGCCGUGGCGCAGCUGGGCCAGGUGCUGGUGCAGGAGGAGGCGGCCGACGGUCGCCGGGGACCCGAGGCGGCCCGCAAGCUGCGCGCCCGCUGGGCGGAGGCGGUGGCGCGUGCUGCCCGGGAGCGCCUGGAGGCGGCGGCGCCAGGGGCGCCCGGGCGCCUGGCCGGGCAGCUGGAGGCGCUGCGGGGGCGGCUGCUGGAGGAUAUGGGCGUGGUGCGGGGCCGCCUGGCGCCCUCCUACCCCGCCGGCCUGGGCGCCUUCGGCGUCUACCUGCGCGGCUACCACGGCGCGCUGGCCGAGUGGAUCGGGGCCGCCGCCCGCCGGAGGCUGCCGCUGGCCGACCGCUACGCGCUGCUGCACUGGCACAACCAGGUGUACCCCAGAGAGGUCCUAGGUCUGGUGGACAUGGUCGCCCUGGAAAAUGGGGAGCUGGGGCCCCUUCUGUCCCCCGGCACCCUUCGUGGCUUGGAGGAUGAAUGUGUCACUGAUGUUAAGGCUCAGACACGGGCAGCCCUGCUUCGAGUGCUGCAGGAGGACGAGGAGCACUGGGGAAGUGCGGAGGACCGGUCCAGCAGCCUGGCACAGGAUGUGUGUGAGCUGCUGGAAGAGCACACAGAGCGAGCGCCCCGCAUCAGCCAGGAGUUUGGGGAGCGGAUGGCCCACUGCUGCCUGGGGGGGCUGGCAGAAUUCCUGCAGAGCUUCCAGCAGCGCGUAGAACGAUUCCAUGAGAACCCAGGAGUCCGGGAGCUGCUACCCGACACCUAUAUCAGCAGGACCAUCUCCCUGGUCAAUUGUGGGCCCCCCCUGAGGGCUCUGGCGGAGCGCCUGGCCCGGGUGGGACCCCCUGAGAGUGAGCCGGCCCGGGAAGCAGCAGCCAGCGCUCUGGACCGAGUGACCCGACUCUGCCACCGCAUCCUGACCGACCUGCUGUUCCAGGAGCUGCAGCCGCACUUCAGCAAGCUGAUGCGCAGGAAGUGGCUGAGCAGCUCGGAGGCCCUGGAUGGCAUCGUGGGCACGCUGGGCGCUAAGGCCCUGGCACUGCGCAGGAUGCAAGAUGAGCCUUACCAGGAGCUGGUGGCCGAGCUGCACCGGCGGGCGCUGGUCGAGUACGUGAGGCCCCUGUUCCGCGGGCGCCUGCGCUGCGGCUCCGCGCGGACCCGCAGCCGCGUGGCCGGCAGGCUCCGGGAAGACGCGGCGCAGCUGCAGAGGCUUUUCCGACGGCUGGAAUCCCAGGCCUCGUGGCUGGACGCCGUGGUGCCCCGUUUGGCCGAAGUUCUGCAUCUGGAAGACACGCCCAGCAUCCAGAUGGAGGUGGGGAUGCUGGUGCGGGACUACCCAGACAUCAGGCGGAAGCACGUGGCAGCCCUCCUGGACAUCCGUGGCCUGCACCACACAGUCGCCCGCCACGAGAUCCUGGCAGUGGCCCGGGACUUGGAACUCUCUGAGGGGGGAACCUUGUCACCCCCCCGGGACCGUGCCUUCUUUGCAGACAUCCCUGUGCCCCGGCCGCCUUUCUGCCUCAGCCUCCCUCUCUUCCUGGGCCGCCUCUCCCUCUCCCGGCUGGCCUGUCUGCCCUGGCCUCGGCCUCCAUCUCCGUCUCCGUCACGGCCCCGGGCCCAACACUGAGACUCUCCCGGCUCCACCUCAGUGCCCCCCAUCUCUGCUGCUGACAGACCAUCCUCCCGACUCCCUGUCUGGGGCCACAGACCCCUGGGCUGGAAAGAUCCUUAGAGGUCUCCUCACCUACCCCCAAACUCCCUGUACAGAAGAGAAACGGGCCAGAAGGAGCAAGGACUUUCCCAAGGCCAUGAAGCCCGUUCCCAGCACCACCUCCCCAGCCCAGUGAGUGGUGGGUGGUGUUUUGGAAGGCUCUACAGAAAUAUCCCAGGCCCCCCCUUUCCCCUCACCUCAAGGUCUGGCCUCAAUCCAAUGUAUUAAGGAACGUACGAUACUUAGAAUAAAGAGGUUUCUAUUUAACACAA